AUGCCUGCGCGACUCCCCGCGCCGCUCAUCCAUCUCCUUGGCGUGCUGCGGCCGCGUCUCUUGCGGCCAGAUGUGCGCGUGCCGAGUAUUGCCCAGGUGGAUUGGGCCGGACUCAAGCGCGAGGGAUUCAACGCCGUCGUUAUCGACAAGGAUAACUGCGUGACCCUCCCCCACUCGGACGCCAUCUACCCAGCCUACUCCAUGGCAUGGAAGACGCUGCUGCAGACCUUUCCCAACCGAGUGCUCGUCGUCUCCAACUCGGCCGGCAGCGCCAAGGACCGUGGCGGCAUUGGCGCCGAAUCGCUCUCGUUCUCGCUGCGCGCGCCCGUCCUCGCACACAGACAACCCAAGCCUGCGUGCUCGACCGACAUUCUCGCCUUUUUCGAGGGCCUGACUGUGCCGCAUACGAAGCGGGACAAGAUCUUGGAGCGGUUUGAAAAAGUCGAGGAGGUCGGGGACGCGGCCGAAAAGGAGAUGGUGACCAAGUGGCGCGACGAGGUUGUCGACGGUCCCCUCUGUGGACCUCUGCAACAGACCCACAAGUCGGGCGAUGGCGGUGUGGAGAGCCGGAUGGCAGCUGCAGCCGAUGCGGCUGCUCUUGCUCCCCCUCCCGAGUCGACCACCUCGCCCGCCGAGUCUACACCAGCCCCGGCUCCCGCCGCGGCGUCGUCAGACGCCCUGCGCAUCCUCGUCGUCGGCGACCGCCUGUUCACCGACACCCUCCUCGCCCGCCGCCUGGACAUGUACCUCGGCUCGUCCCCUUCGCCGCCCACGCUCUCCAUCCAGACCACGGACCUUCCCCAGCCCAACGACGUGCGCGCGCUGCGCCGCCUGGAAAACUGGCUGUCGGGCCACAAACUCGCCAACGACGGGCACACGGCCGGCAUUGCGUGGUCGCAGUUUGUGCUGCCGACCGAGCCGGCCCCGCCCGUCCCGACAUGGAUGGAGAAGCAGCUCACGCGCCUGGACCCCAUCAAGGCGCUCGACGACGGCGGCCCGCCCAUCACGUGGGACCCACGGUCGUGGCGGCCCAAACCCGUCGCCGCCGCCGUGCUGCAGGGUACCGCCGAGGCGACGGCGUACUUGACGCGCCUGGCCGCGCGGGUCACUGCGCAGGCGGCCAAGUGGUCCUGGAGCCGGUUCCGCGUGUGGGCCGGGGCCAAGCGCACGCAGCUGAGCCAGGCGCGGCAGACGCGCGCGCACAGGCGGGAGAUUGAGAAGCGCAAGGCGCGCAUGGAGCAGGCCAGGAAGGCCGCAGAGGCGGAGGCCGAGGCGGCGAGCAAGGCCGAGGUGAAGCAGAGCGGUGUCGCGAGCCCACAGGCUGCGACCUAG